AUGGGAUUCAUAUCUGUCGAGAGCGCGUACGGCCUCGGUGAGUCGAGAAAUGGACUUGUGAUUGAACCUGUCGAGGCGGAUAGCGACGGGCUUCGGUCUUUCGAAGUCGCGGGGCUCGCGUCGAAGGCACCAACAUCCACGGGCAUGGACGAGAAGAUUGUGCUGGUAUCCUGGCUCCUAGUUCUUUUGCGUACCCAGGAAGAUGGUCGCGUCUCCUUUGAUUGGACUUAUAAGGGCCAAGAGGAUGGAGUUAAACUGGAGCCAGUGAACAGUCUUUCCUCAGAUCAAGUAAUGCCAAAUCUACAAAGUAAUAUUGGACAAGUCGCCGCGGCGAUUUUCAGUCAGAUUGAGAAGGUCGCAUCGAGCCCGCGACCUCCUUCUUCACUUAUACUGAGCACCAGCUCUCUGUCGCAAACACCAGAGGGCAUGGAUGAAGGUGUUCUGCAUCUUGAAGUUCGUUUCAACCAAGAUAAUCUCAAGGUCCGACCAGUAUGGCAGAGUAACAACAUCCUGCCUUAUGCAGUAACCCGCCACAUUGAAACACUGGUCGAUACGGUCAAGGCAUACAUUUCGAAUUCCGAUGCCUCCGUCGAAGACAGUAUUCGUCCGAGCGCACAUGAUUUGGACCAUCUUUGGGGCUUGAACUACGAUCUGCCGCCAUACCACGACUUUUGUAUGCACGAGGUUUUCUCCGGAGUAGCCCGGAAAUUUGCCGAUAAAGAGGCAAUUUCAUCUUGGGAUGGCGGUUUGACUUAUGGCCAAAUCGACCGUUACUCAUCAUUUUUGGCAAAAGAGCUCCAAGAUUCGGGUGUUAAGCUCCACGACUUUAUUCCUGUGUGCUUUGAGAAGUCACGAUGGACGAUCGUUGCGGUGCUUGCCGUGAUGAAGGCAGGGGGAACUCUUGUCAUGAUGGACCCGACACUCCCGCUGGCGCGUCUCCAGAAUAUGGCAAAGCAGGUAGGGUCGAACGCUAUGGUGUCAUCUCGCAUGCAAUAUGACCUGUCAAUGGAGAUUUUGCCGGACGGAAAGCAUUUUGUGGUGGAAGAAGAGGAGCAGGCCAAACUCUCUUGUUCGGAGCCUCUGCCAGAACUCCCAACUGUCCCAUCCACUGCUUUGAUGUACCUUAUUUUCACAUCUGGCAGCACAGGUACUCCUAAGGGAGUCAAAAUCUCCCACGGAACCUAUACAAGCAGUGCUUUCCCCAGAGCGAAGGCUGUUGGAUAUAAUGAGAACUUGCGUGUUCUCGAUUUUGCGUCUUAUGCCUUCGACGUCAGCAUUGACAGCAUGCUCUUGACUUUGGCCAACGGUGGCUGUCUAUGUAUUCCUUCCGAUGAAGACCGACUCAAUGACAUCAACGAAGUGAUUCGGAAUAUGAAGAUCAACUACGCAGGUAUUACUCCCUCGGUUGCUCGUAUCUUGGACCCGGAUGUCAUUUCAUCCCUCGAAGGUCUUGGUCUUGGAGGAGAGGCUGCUUCGGCCACAGAUGUCACGCUUUGGGGCAAGGAUACCAGAAUUAUCAUCGGCUAUGGUCCCUGCGAGUGCACUAUUGGAUGCAAUGUCAACAGCAGUGCUGCUACCGGAAGAGACUACGUCUCCAUUGGCCCCGGCAAUGGAGCUUCCGUCUGGAUUGUCGACCCUAAUGAUCACGAGCGACUUAUGCCCGUUGGUGCGGUUGGAGAGCUCCUCGUUGAGGGUCCAAUUGUCGGGCAGGGAUAUUUGAACGAUGACGAGAAGACUGCCAGUGUUUUCAUCGAAGACCCAUCGUGGCUUGUUGUAGGCUACAAAGGCUUUGCUGGUCGUCGAGGCCGUCUCUACAAGACUGGAGAUCUGGGCAGAUACGAUCCUGAUGGUUCAGCAGGUAUCAUCUUCGCUGGAAGAAAGGACACCCAGGUCAAGCUUCGUGGACAACGUGUUGAGCUUGGCGAAAUCGAGAGCCAGCUUCAGGCCCGUCUGCCUUCGGGCACCACUGUAAUUGCGGAGGUCAUUACGCCUCAAGGGCCCGGUGGCCAGGCUACACUGGUGGCAUUCAUUGCGUGCCAGUCCACAAAGGGAGAUGCAACCACGGAACUUGCAUCUGUUCCGAUGGAUGACCUGCGCACCACAAUCUCCGAGGCAGAUGCAAAAAUCGCCAAGGUCCUGCCGCGGUACAUGGUUCCCACUGCCUAUAUCCCAGUGAAUUACAUACCCACUCUCAUCUCGGGAAAGACGGAUCGCAAGCGUCUUCGAGCUCUCGGAACGACAGUUGAUCUACGUCAGUUGGACCAAGCCUCCACAAGCGCUGCGGCCAGGCCACUGAACGACCUCGAGCUGCGAUUGCGACGGGCUUGGAGUGAGAUUUUGAAGAUUGACGCUAAAUCAAUUCGCCUCGAGGACAACUUCUUCGCUCUGGGAGGUGAUUCCUUAGGGGCAAUGAAACUGGUGUCUGUCUGCAGAGGCCAAGGUCUUGAUCUAUCCGUCAUCGGCUCUUUUGGCCAUCCCACACUCUCAGCGAUGGCUGAAGUUGUCCACACCAUUGACUCGGAAAUGCAGACAGACACAGCAGCAUUCUGCAUGAUUUCUCAGUCUGUUGAGAGCGCAUGCAUUGAAGCUGGGCAGAUUUGUGGAAUGGACCGGUCAGCCGUUGAAGAUAUCUAUCCAUGCACACCCACGCAAGAGUCCCUGUUUACCUUUUCACUUAAGUCUUUCGAGUCCUAUGUUGCCCAGAGAGUCUCCACCAUUCCGUCAUGUAUCAAAAUCGAUGCUUGGAAGAAGGCAUGGGAGGACGUGGUUGCCGUAAGCCCUAUUCUGCGCACCCGCGUGGCUCAGCUUCAGGAUCCAGGUCUUCAGCAGGUUGUUCUCAAGGAGUCCAUCUCCUGGAGGCAUUCUUCCGACUUGAAGCAAUAUCUGGAAGAUGACAGGAAUGAAAGGAUGCACUUUGGUGAUAGCCUUGCUCGCUAUGCCAUCGUUAAUGAUUCAACUGAUGGCAAGCAAUACAUGGUGUGGACCAUUCACCAUGUUGCUUAUGAUGGAUGGUCAGAACCUGUGAUUCUCGAAAAGGUCAAGAGCUCUCUCAAGAAUCAAUCUAUUGAAAUGCAGACACAGAUGAAAGACUUUGUCAAGUGGUUCCAUGACACGGAUCAAGUUGCCAUGCAAGAGUUCUGGCGCCGAGAAUUGAAGGGUGCUGUCGGACCUCAGUUCCCUCGCCUUCCCUUCCGUGACUACUUGCCAACCCCAACAGGAUUUGCUGAGCAUAGUAUUCCUCUGGAAACAGCUGCUGGGUCUCCCUUCACUCUGGCCACGCUGAUCAGAGGUGCAUGGGCCCUUGUGGCAUCGCAGUACACCGGAAGCGACGAUGUUGUCUUCGGUGAAACGCUUACAGGUCGUGACAUUCAGCUACCUGGUGUCGAGAAUGUGCUUGGUCCACUCAAUGCGACCAUUCCUAUUCGUGUCCAUGUCAAUCGGAAGAACUCUGUCGAGUCCUAUCUCCAGAGUGUUCAGCAAGCCAUCUUGGCUCGGACCCCUUACCAACACAUGGGAAUGCAAUUUAUUCGCAAGGUCAGCCGAGAUGCCCAGCAUGCAUGCGAGGCAGGCACUGGCCUGGUAAUUCAACCUGAACCUGAGUAUGAGGUCAGCGAGCUUGGCUUCCAGCAGGGAGAUCCUGCGCGCGAGGCUCUCCACUUCAACCCCUAUCCGCUCAUGCUGGCAUGCGGUAUUCGGAAGGGAGGCUUUAGAGUCUGCGCAAGCUUUGAUACUGGUCUGAUCAAAGAAUCUCAAAUGCAGCGCAUUCUAGUUCAGUUGGAGACGGCUUGCUCUCAGUUGAACAAAGAUCUUACCAGGAAAAUUGACCAGAUUUCUUGCUUGCCGGAAGCAGAGUUGAACCAGAUUUGGCGCUUGAAUGAACUCCCACCCUUGUCUCUGGAUGACGUAUCUGGAAAACUUCGUGCUGAUGCUACUAUCAAGCAAGGAUCAGUGUAUCCUAGAGCAUUGGUGCCUUGGGUAUGCGACCCACGGAACCCAGGUCUUCUGUUGCCUAUUGGCUGUGUCGGUGAGCUCUUGCUUGAAGGCUCCUUGCUCUCGGGUCAGACUAUUGAGUCACCCCUUUGGCUUUCUUCUGGAAGUUCUGAGGUUGCGGGCCGCUCUGGAAGAAUACAAUCGACGGGUGACAUUGUUCAGUUGCAAGAAGACGGCAGUCUGGUAUUCGUCGGCCGCAAGGAGAACAUUGUGCCCGUCCAUGGUCAUGCAGUGGAUAUGUCGGAAUUUGAGACUCAGUUUGCACGACACCUUCCGGCAUCAACUCGCGCUGCUGCUGCCAUUUCCAAAUCCUCGUUAGAGUCGGAGCUGAUCAUCUUUAUUGAGAAGCAACAUUCUCAAGAAGAGACUGUCAAUGUCAUGUUGGCCAGCCAAGAAAUUGUUGACGAGUCAGAAUCACAGCAAGUCGAAGCAACUAUCUGCUCCACUAUUCCUAUCAGCCUUGCGGCAGCAAUCAGGAAGCUUGACAAGUUCAUUCGUGACGAUCUUCCGUCACACAUGGUCCCCUCUGCAUACGUCGUGGUUGCAGAGAUGCCAACUUCAAAAGGACAGAUUGACCAGGGCCUUUUGAGCCAGGUUGCCUCCAAAAUCCCCAAGAAUGUUCUCGCUGAGCUUCAAGAAGGCUUCAAGGAUGCAUGGAAGAGGGCCUCAGCGCUUACAAACCUAUCAGCUUCGGAAAGCAUUCUUCAGGCUGCCUGGGCCAAGAUACUUGGGCUCAGCCAGGACCAGAUUGACGUUGAUGAUAACUUCUUCCGUCUUGGUGGUGACUCCGUUCUUGCAAUGAAACUUGCUUCCACUCUCCGUUCCCAAGGGCACAUUUUGUCUGUCGCCGAUAUUUUCCAGCACAUGCGCCUCGGCAAUGCGGCGAAGAUCUUGAAGGUUGGACAGACGGCUCCAGCUAAUAUUGAGCCCUAUAAACCAUUCUCCUCCCUGGGUUCAAUCAAGAAGGAUCAAUUUUUGUCUGAGGUUGUUCUACCCAAGCUUGGAAACUCAUCCUGGUCUGUUCAGGAUGUGCUUCCUGUGACAGCUUCCCAGGCCUUUGAUGUCCAGGGAACCUUCCAGAUACCCCGUACAGCUGUUCAAUACACAAUGUUGUACUUCAACAGCGGCAUCUAUCUCAAGCAGCUGCUCCGUGCGUGCGGUGAUCUCGUCAAGACUCACGAAAUUUUGCGCACUGUCUUUAUCGAGAACGACUCAACCUUCUACCAAGUUGUCUUAAGCGAUCUCAAUAUUCCUGUUACAAUGCAUGCGACUGAUACGGACCUCGAACAAUUUGUUGCCGAUAUCUGCGCCGACCAAACGGACUCCGACUUUCACCUAGGAUCACCUUUCUUCAAGAUGCACCAUGUCGAGGGCAACAAUGGCCGAGAGUGUCUUGUUCUGGGGCUGUCUCACGCCCAGUACGACGGAGUGUCUCUUCCCAGACUGCUGCAAGACCUGGAGACCUUGUACACCGGAGGAAAGGUGGCUGACUUCGAGCCUUUUUCCUCUUACUUGGCUUGGACGACCACUGAAAGCGUCCAGAUCAAGGCAGUCACCUAUUGGCGCAGCCUCCUGCACGACUCAAACCUAUCAGUUCUCCCCGGAACUACAACGCAACCCGGAGACAAGGGUACAUUCCAGACAAAGGCUGUCGAAAACUUCAAGCCCGUGGAGGAAAUUACCACUGCAAACAUUCUCACUGCGGCAUGGGCCCUUUUGCUGGCUCGCCGUCUCCAAAAGCCGGACAUUACAUUUGGCAGCGUCACAUCGGGCCGCAUGAUAGAUCUACCUAACGCAGAGACCAUCCAGGGACCAUGCUAUCAGCUGACCCCAGUUCGAGUCCCUUUCCAAAACCAGUGGACAGCUAUCGACCUUUUGAACUUUGUUCAGAAGCAAAGUGCACAGUCUGUUGCUUAUGACUUCCUCGGUUUCGAGAAGAUCUCUAGCGAAUGCGCACAGUGGUCGUCAGAGGCUGCCGGUUUUGACUCCCUUGUUCACCACCAAGACUGGGAUGAUUUCGAUACCAUGCCAUUUGCCGGUAGUAGCUGCAAGGUAGAUAUUUCCAACCCGCAUGGAGACUCUCCCAGCCCCUUUAAGGUUGUUUCUUUUAUGAAAGAAGAGAAGAUGCAUGUUGGUGUUGUUGGAAGUGAGAGAGACUCCGCUUUCGCAGGCUCGAUUCUCAAGGAGCUGGCUGCUAUUGUUGAAGAGAUUACUACGCACCAUGAGGCUACUUUGCUUGGUGGUCAGCUCUUCUAG